AUGGGUUCCCAGGAGUGGGGGGCUUGCCGCCACCCAGGGGAGCGGUGGCCACAGCAGCGAGUGACAGCCAGUGCACAUGGCUGGGGACACUGGGAUGGCUGGGAAGCCCAGACCCUCGGCCUUGCUGGUACCCAGACCACCCAGCUCCUGGUGGAGCCCCCCUGGAGGCCAGCGGUGCUGUGGGACCGGGUGACACUGACCUGCCAGGGCUUGGGGACUGCCGGUGCCACCACCUGGUACAAGGACAGUCAGCGUUGGUGGCAGGAGGGACAGGACCGCCUCAGUGUCACCGAGAGUGGCACCUACACAUGUGACAGACCCGGCACUGGGCGCAGCCCCCCCGUGACAGUCUUAGAUGACCCACUAGUGCUGCAGGUGCCAGCGCGGGCACUGCUGGAGGGGGACACCUUGACACUGCGCUGCCGGUGCCGGCAGGACAACCAUCUCACCAGGGUGCGAUUUUACUGGGAUGAGAAGGAAAUCAGGGGGUCCCUCAAGGGGACCAAGCUGUCCCUUUCACCUCUGCAGCUGCACCACAGCGGCCGCUACAGAUGUGAGGGCAUGGUGGGGUUCUGGCAGUCACGGUCAGCAGCAGUGACAGUGACAGUGCAAGAGCUCUUCUCGGUCCCAGUGCUGGAGGGUCCCCGCGAGCUCACUGAGGGGUCCCCCCUGAAUCUCAGCUGCCUCAGCACCCCCAGCCCCCUGCGGCCCCGAGCCCCCCUCCUGCACGUGUUCUACUGGGAUGGGCAGGUGGUGGGGGGCCCACAGGAGUCCCCGCAGCUGCUGGUGCCCGCUGUGAGGGUCUCCCACUCGGGGAAUUAUGGCUGUGAGGUGCACUCCCAGGAAGGGUCAGUGCAGAAGAGCAGCAACCGGCUCCUUGUCACGGUGUGCAGGGUCCCGCCCUCGGGGGUGUCCCUGUCAGUGCAGCCCCCUGGGGGACAGGUGGCACUCGGGGAGAGCCUGGUGCUGAGCUGUGAGGCGGCCAUAGGGACAGGUCCCCUGUCCUUCUACUGGCACCGGGAGGGCUCGGGAACACUGGUGGGCACUGGCCCCCACCUGGAGCUGCGCCACGUUGGGGACAAUGACAGCGGCCAGUACCGGUGCCGGGUCAGUGAUGGGAACAGCGUGGCCGAGAGUGACCCCCUGAAUGUCACCAUCCUGGUGCCCGUGGCCAAUGCCACCAUCACCCCCGGUCCCCUGGCACACCAGGUGUGUUCAGGUGACAACAUGACCCUGCGCUGCUCGGUGCAGGUGGGCUCAGCCCCUGUCACCUUCACCUGGCUGCACAAUGGGCAGCAUGUGGCCCAGGGUCCCCUCCUGGAGCUCAGGGACAUCGAUGUGGGACAUUCGGGCACCUACCAGUGCGUGGCCACCAACCAGCUGGGACAGGACGGGCAACGCGUGUUCCGGGCACACAGCCCCGAGCUGGCCCUGGAGGUGACACCUGGCUCAUCCUGGGUCACAGUGGCCACAGGGGUCGGUGGGGCCCUUUUCUUCCUGCUCCUGCUCGUGGGUGUCAUUGUGACCAGGCACCGGUGGCACUGUGUGGCCACCAGGAAGAACCAGGAAAGGACCUCCCCGGAUCCCCUGGCCCCCCCAGAGGAGGGGGAGGUGCUGUACACCCACGUCAUGGUCACCAAGAGGGCAGGGGCCCACACCCUCGGCCUCGCUGGUGCCCAGACCACCCAGAUCCUGGUGGAGCCCCCCUGGAUACCACCGGUCCUGUGGGACCAGGUGACACUGACCUGCCAGGGCAUGGGGACCGCCAGUGCUGCCGCCAGGUAUAAGGACGGGCAGCGCUUGUGGCAGGAGAGACAGGAACGCUUCACUGUCACCGAGAGUGGCACCUACUGGUGUGACAGACCCGGCACCAGGCGCAGCCCCCUCGUGAUAGUCUUACAAUGUGCGGGGCAGGCGCUGCUGGAGGGGGGCACGGUGACACUGCGCUGCCGGAUCUCGUGGAACAGAACGGUCACCUCAGCAUCCUUCUACCGAGAGGGAAAGGAACUGGGGAGGCUCCUUGAUGGCACCGAGCUGUCCCUGCCCCCUCUGCAACUGAACCACAGUGGCAGCAACAGCUGCAAGGGCCGGGUGAAAUUCGGGACAUCAGAGAAGUCAUGGCAGUCAGUGCCGGUGACAGUGACAUUGCAUGAGCUCUUCUCGGUCCCAGUGCUGGAGGGUCCCCCCAAGCUCACCGAGGGGUCCCCCCUGACCCUCAGCUGCCUCAGCACCCCCAGCCCCCUGCGGCCCCGAGCCCCCUUCCUGCACCUGCUGGUGCCCGCCGUGCGGGUCUCGCACUCAGGCAAUUACAGCUGUGAGGUGCGAUCCGAGGGUGGGGCCAUGCGGAGGAGCAGCGCCCGGCUCUAUAUCACCGUGCGCAGUGUCCCGCCCUCGGGGGUGUCCCUGUCAGCGCAGCCCCCUGGAGGACAGGUGGCACUCGGGGACGGCCUGGUGGUGAGCUGCACGGUGGCCACGAGGACAGGUCCUCUGUCCUUCUCCUGGCACCAGGAGGGCUCAGGGGCACUGCCAGGAACGGGCCCCCACCUGGAGGUGCGCCACAUUGGGGACAAUGACAGCGGCCAGUACCGGUGCCGGAUCAUGCCCGUGGCCAAUGCCACCAUCACCCCCGGCCCCCUGGCACACCAGGUGCAUGCAGGUGACAACGUGACCCUGCGCUGCUCAGUGCAGGUGGGCUCAGCCCCUGUCACCUUCACCUGGCUGUGCGUGGCCACCAACCAGCUGGGACAGGACGGGCACCGCAUGUUCCGGGCACUCAGCCCUGAGCUGGCCCUGGAGGUGACACCAGUGGCUGUGAAUGUCGGCAGCACCCUCCUGUUCCUGCUCCUGCUCCUGGCUGUCAUCGGGGGCUGUCACUGGUGGUACCACCGGGCUCUCAGGAAAUCCCAGGACAGGUUGGGGAAGGGCUGGACAUGA